GCGGCCACAGAAUGCGGUUACCAUGGCACUGACGUGAAGUGUGGGCGGACACUGCGCAGACGCAGUGGGAGUGCUGGAAAGAUGGCGGCGUGGCCAGUGAGGAGGCAGACCUGGGAGAUGCUGUGAAGCAGCAGCCAGAGAGCGGCGUCACAGGCAGCAGCACCGGCUCCCGCACCCCUCAGGAGUACCACACAGCGGACAGGCGGGGAAUAACCAAAACACACCGCCACAACCGGGGAGGCGACCGGACAGUGCGGGACACAUGAGCCGGAGCAGUCCCCGGGAUCCAACGGCAGCGGCGGCGGCGCACGGAAGAGGCAGCACCGGGGCCCUUGAGGGCCCGGGCUCAGGAUGAAGUUCGCAGAGCAUCUGUCCGCUCACAUCACCCCGGAGUGGAGGAAACAGUAUAUACAGUAUGAGGCUUUCAAGGAGAUGUUAUAUGCUGCCCAAGACCAGGCCCCAUCCAUAGAAGUAACAGAUGAGGACACUGUAAAGCGAUAUUUUGCCAAGUUUGAAGAAAAGUUCUUCCAGACAUGUGAGAAGGAGCUUGCCAAAAUCAACACCUUUUAUUCAGAAAAAUUAGCGGAAGCUCAGCGACGCUCAGCCACCCUACAAAAUGAACUGCAGUCCUCACUGGAUGCACAAAGGGAAAGCAGCCGUGUGCCAGCCCUCAGGCAGCGCAGAAAAGCCGUAUUCACACUGUCCCAUGAGGAACGGGUCCAGCAUAGAAACAUUAGGGACCUGAAACUGGCAUUCAGCGAGUUCUAUCUCAGCUUAAUUCUUCUGCAGAACUACCAGAAUUUGAACUUCACAGGGUUCCGCAAGAUCCUAAAGAAGCAUGACAAGAUUCUGGAGACGGGCCGCGGUGCUGACUGGCGAGUGGCGCAUGUGGAAGUGGCGCCAUUCUACACCUGCAAAAAAAUCAAUCAGCUGAUUUCCGAGACUGAGGCUGUGGUGACCAACGAACUAGAAGAUGGGGACCGGCAGAAAGCCAUGAAACGCCUGCGUGUGCCACCUCUCGGAGCAGCCCAGCCUGCACCGGCCUGGACGACAUUCAGAGUGGGACUGUAUUGCGGGAUCUUUAUUGUCCUGAACUGUGCGGUUUUGUAUACUGGUUUCCAUCAGUACAGUAUCAAAGAAGUGUGGCCCUUGGUGAGGAUUUACAGGGGUGGUUUCCUGCUGGUGGAGUUCCUCUUUCUACUGGGCAUCAAUACAUAUGGCUGGAGACAAGCUGGGGUCAACCAUGUUCUCAUAUUUGAGCUUAAUCCCCGUAACAACCUCUCCCAUCAGCAUCUCUUUGAGAUUGCAGGCUUCCUGGGGAUGCUGUGGUGUAUCAGUCUAUUCGCCUGUGUCUUCGGAACAAAUUUCUAUAUACCAAUGCAGGUGAAUCCGCUCAUUCUGUACGGAUUCAUGCUGCUCUUCCUUAUCAACCCAACUAAGACCUUGUACUACAAGUCUCGUUUCUGGCUUCUUAAGUUAUUGUUCCGUGUGUUCACAGCCCCUUUCCAUAAAGUGGGCUUUGCUGAUUUCUGGCUGGCCGACCAACUCAAUAGCCUGGCUGUGAUACUUAUGGACCUGGAGUUUAUGAUCUGCUACUACAGCUUUGAACUACAGUGGGACAAGUCUGAGGGGCUUCUAAGUGAAGGAUCCGGAAAGUGUAACACAUAUUCCUAUGGAGUGCGUGCUGUGGUUCAGUGUAUUCCAGCCUGGCUGCGCUUCAUCCAGUGCCUGCGACGAUACAGAGACACCAAGCGCGCUUUCCCUCACCUGGUGAAUGCUGGCAAGUACUCCACUACCUUCUUCAUGGUGACGUUUGCUGCUCUCUACCAAACCCACAAAGCUCAGAACCACUCGGAUGAGCAAGUUUUUCUCUACCUGUGGAUCAUAUGCUACGUCAUCAGUUCAUGUUAUACUCUGAUCUGGGAUUUGAAAAUGGACUGGGGUCUGUUUGACCGGAAUGCAGGGGAGAACACCUUCCUGCGAGAGGAGAUCGUGUACCCACAGAAGGCAUAUUAUUAUUGUGCGAUAAUACAGGAUGUUAUUCUCCGCUUUGCAUGGACCAUACAGAUCUCUCUCACAUCAUUAAAACUUCAUGAUAACACUUCAGAUAUAAUAUCCACUGUUCUUGCUCCGCUUGAAGUCUUCCGCCGCUUUGUGUGGAACUUCUUCCGGCUGGAGAACGAACACUUAAAUAACUGUGGUGAGUUCCGCGCCGUGCGCGACAUCUCUGUGGCUCCUAUGAAUGCCGAUGACCAAACACUGCUGGAGCAAAUGAUGGAUCAAGACGAUGGAGUGAAAAACCGAGCCAAGAGCAAGACCUGGAAACGCAGCCAGAGUAUAUCCCUGCGCAGACCUCUCCUAUCUUCCCAGAGCAAGGGCCGAGACGCCAAGGUCUUGAUUGAUGACACUGAUGAUGAAGCCAACACAUGAAUCAGUUGCUGCAUUCAAAGUCCACUCUCCGACCAUCUCUUUCAGGCUUUCAUCCCCUCUCAUGGCUUCUUGCUGUCCUGUCUCCCUGCACCCCAUGAUUAUGGGGCUGGCCUCCUCCAAUCCUGCCUACCCCACUUUAUAUGAUUUUGGUUCCCCACAAUUCAUGGACAGAACUAACAAAAGAAGCCAAGGACAGACCUUUCUAUAUCUGAGGCUAUCAAAAACGGAUGGACUGUCAUGAAGUUGGUGGGUGGUCAGAAAACACCUGUGCGCCAGUUCUCCCAGCUUAUUGCUUGCCUCACGUCAAACAGACUUGAAAUAUUUAUUAAUUUCUUGCACUGUGGUGCCACAUACAGCAGCCUGUGCUAGGGUUGCAAUGCUCAACACUUCUCUUUUUUUUAUUUUCCUCCAUUCCUCUCCUCGUUGCCCUUUUCUCCACUUCCAUAUUCAUGUAUUUGUUUGUAAUGCAUUGUGAUAUUUUGCGUUCCCACCCCCCCAGCAGUGCUGGAAGGGGUCCCAAUAAAAAAAAAGGGGCUGGGGGAGUGACAGAGCUUAGAGGGGUUAACACCCUUCAUUUAAACCUUCAUCAAUCCAUUGUUUUAAACCAAAGUUUUGUUUUUCUUACUCACUGUAGUCUUCUCCCUACCUUCCCUGAUCUUCUUGCUGGAUGUGUUCAGAUCCUCCAGGCUCAUCUUAGUGGUGUGCAGCCACCUCCAUAUCUGACAGAAGCCAGUCCUACAUGGGCCUGUAUUCUGCUCUUUGUAAGAGCCGAGCACUGCCUCCAAUAGCCUCAGCACCCUGCACUUAGGAGUUGUGCUUAUCCGUUUUGCUGCUGAGUUUAUAAAGCCAUGGGGUAGUGGAUUACAGGCCUCACGCAGCAGGGUGGUUAGAAUUGCCAUUCUCUUCCUUACUGCCAGAUAAAUGACAUCUACACAUUGCAUAUUGAUGGUGCAAUGAAUGUUUGAAGUAUUUUCUGUGGCGGCAGACUCAUGCUGCCGUCAUCUAUCUCAUUGCUGCCUUUUGGGUUCUACCCACAUUUGCCAGCAGACCUUCCCACAAGGGCUGACAAUAGGGAACCAGUCUUAAACUCCCCCCCACCGUACCCAGCACUGCAGUAGAUGCACAAUGCAGUAAUUGGGAAGGGGGCAGCAGACCUCAUUUAUAGAAAGUAGAGCUUGGCUUUGAAGAGUUCAUUCUCACCUUCUCCAUGAGACGGGUUCAGAAACACGACACGGCUGCCCCCUCUCUCACCUGUUUGCUUUCUCGUUAGUGCAAGGACAAUCUUUUGAACUAGACCUCCGCUUGGUGACAAUUUACCUCUCCGCGAGUGUCUCUCCCAGCACUUCUCCCUCCUCCUCUUUUACUAAUGUACAUUUGAGUGGGGGUGGGGCACUGGUAGACACUGAGGGUUGUGGCCGGUGCUUUGUAGCUGUGUAUGUGCAUUGCUGUUCAGCUUGGCUUUUUGUCCGUGCGCAUGCUUUGUCCAUUCCUUCUGUGUCAUGGAGGGAAUCAUUGUGUUUUUAGAAAGGAGCUCAACUGCUGAGCAUAGGGAGAGAGCACCAGUUGCUUUUCCUGUUGAGUCCUGUUGUCAUGGAAAUUAUCUAUACACUGGUAUUGGGAACAUUAGCCCAUUCAAACACACCACCUACAACUGUAAUUGAUUAUUCUUCUGUUGUAGUUUAAGAGCAAAUUCCUUACCUAGCAGUAAAUUGUAACAUUUACCUGUAUGGAGUAGUCCCGAAAGAUUAGUUGCAUUAUACGUGGAUUACAAGUCCCUCUACCACCAGAUUUAUACAUCGUAACUGAGUCAUGUCAGGCUUUGAUCAGCGCAUUCCCUAAUUUAUGGCUUGACUGUUGGGAAUCCAUUGUUCUGUUUAGAAGAAUACCUGGGUGGAUGACUAACCUUCAUCUUAAAGGUCAUACUGCACCUUCCUGACAUGCAAAUGUUACUUUGGUCCUUUUUAAUGUUGUUGGGGACAGUCGUCAUAAUCUGUGUUGUCACAGGAUUGUCCCACACUGUUCUAGACACACAAGGAGAGAGAACUCACUACUAUUUCAGAGGACACCAGCUAACAGGAGCUCGCUCCCUGCCUCAGACAGAAACCUGGCUCAAGCUUGGUAGCUGUGACGUAACAAACGUGUUCUUCUUGUGUAAUAUGUGAUGUAAGUCCGUGGAGCAAGGGAAUGGUUCUGGAAGCGGGAAGUAGAACGCCAGGGAUUAAAGGGGAAUUUAAGCACACUCCGUCCCUCCCUGCUCCCCUCUCCAGCUCUCUUUCUGCUAGAUGUCUACACUAUCAGCACUGUGACUUGUUCUUUCUGGUGCAUUCCUAUCUCGUGUCCCUGCACCCCUCACAUCUUGUCUUAUAUUAUUUCUCCUACAAUUCUGUUUUCCCCAUCUAUCUCCUGUCCACACUGUUUUCUUCCUCCCUUUUCUACCACUCUGUCCUCUCUCUGAUAAGAGAGCACAUGCUGACCCUUGCUUGCUCUUCUCUGUGGCUAUGCUGAUAGCUUUCUAUUCCCGUUUGAUGGAUAUAAAGAGUACCUUUUUUUUAAAUUACUGUGGAGUACCUUCUGGUCAGUAGGAACAUUCGGCACAAAGUGCUUCUGGUUUGUAGAUUGUUUAAAGAAAAACUUAUGUGGCUUUAUGUGUUUUUGUUUUUUGUUUUUUUUUGGUAAAAGAAAAAGAAAAUU